AUGGCGGCCCGUAGCGUGCCCCGCCGGCAACAGGUGCUGCGGGCGGCGGCGACGACGACGACGCCGGUUCUUGUGCACAGUCACUGCCAGCCCCGGCCGUCGUACCACCAGCGGGUGCGCGGUUUCCACGCAAGCCCCCGUCGGGAGCAGACAAAGUCGCCCUUCCAGGCAUUUGUCGACACGCUCAAGGAGGAGCUGCGCAAGUCGCAGGAGAUGCAGGACAACAUGAAGCAGCUCCAGGGUGAGGCGGGCAAGGUGCAGGACAGCGAGACGAUGCGGAGGAUGCGCGAGGCGUACGAAAAGGCAAGGAUCGUGUCGAGCAUCAAGGAGAACCCGCGGCUGCAGGCCGCUGCCGACGCCCUGAGAAAGAGCGGAGGCCAGGUCGGAGAUGCCGUGGGGGCCACGCUCAGGCAGAUGGAGGAGAGCGAGCUGAUCAAGGGUCUCGGUGCCAUCUCAUCACGGCUCGCGAGACAGCUGCAGGACAGCACGGCGCCGAUUAGAAACACCGAGGCAUACAAGGAUCUUUCCAAGACACUCGCCGAUGCCUUUGACGAUGGAGGGUCUGCACUCCGGAUCUACACGGAUGCCUCGGCCGACGCAGCGACACAGCGGAGAAUGAAGCGAGAGGCCCGGCUGCGAAAGAUUGGCAGGCCGAUGCCGUCGCCCGAUGUCGAGGAGAUCCUCAUCAUGGCGGCCGAUCUGAAAGCAAAAGAAAAAGAGCUGAACAAGGACAAGGUCGAGGAGGAUGAGGCGGAGGACGACCCCAUCAAGGCGGCCGCCCAGGCUGGCGCCGCUGCUGGAGAGGAAGGCGCCCGAAGAGCAGCCGAGGAGGAUGGGACCAAGACGACGAGCGAUGCGAGCGCAUCACCAGAGGAAGCUGCGUCGUCAUCAGCGCCGUCGUCUUCGUCUUCAUCACCGUCCGGCUCGGCUCCACCGCCAUCGCGCCCAAAGGGCUACGCGACACGCGUCCGAGCCCAGCUUGUGGCUAACCCCAACGCGGGAGAAGCCCUCGUCCUGAGGCCCGAGCCCGCAUACAAGCAGGCCUGGUCAUCGUUCAAGGAGAGCAACCCGCUGAUGCGCAAGCUUGGCGAGCUCCGGGAGCAGUACGAGGAGUCAGAGAAUCCCGUCGUGGAGCGGCUCCGGUCCAUCACCGACACGAUUGGUGGAUGGUUCGAAGAGAACGAGACGGCACGCGUUGUUGGCGUCUUCCGCAUGCAGGAGCCUUCGUUUACCCUCGACAGCUACCAGCGCGAGCUGCGGGAGUAUGUGAUCCCCGAGAUCAUCGACGCCUACCACGGCGCAGCGCGGCACCUGCUCCGGCAGUGGUGCAGCGAGGCGACGUUCAACGUCCUCAUGGCUACCGUCGACCCUUACAUCCAGCGGGGCAUGGUGGCCCACGGCCGCCUGCUGGACCUCAAACACAUUGACAUCCAGCAGGCGAGGAUGCUCGAAAACAACGUCCCCGUUCUCGUCGUCAGCUUUGCCACGCAGGAGCUCAUGUACUUCAAGGACGCAAAGACGGGCAAAGUAGAGGCGGGGAGGGAGGACCAGGCCGAUGCCUGCCGGUAUGUCGUCGUGCUGACAAGGCUCGAGGAGGAGAUGGACAAUGAGAUCACGGGCGGGUGGAAGGUCAUCGAGAUGGCACGGAGAGGCGAGAAGGCCUUCCUUUAA